UUGGGUUGCUAACUCAACGCCCGUCCCUUUGCCGGCUGGCGCUUUGGCUGAGAAAGUGAUGGAGCAAGCGGCUCCCUGCCAGCCGGCACCCGACAACCUGAAGGUGCUUCAGACCAAUGACUCGUACCACGACCGCAAUUGCAGUGCAGAGGCAGGGAUCUACCAAGAGGCCACUCCGCUCUCCUGGAAGAUAGUCCUCACCAUUAUCUUGGCUCUGAUCACUCUCGCCACCAUGCUCUCUAAUGCCUUUGUAAUCGCAACCGUCUAUCAGACAAGGAAAUUGCACACUCCGGCCAACUAUCUCAUAGCCUCCCUGGCCGUCACGGACCUUCUCGUGUCUAUCCUUGUCAUGCCCAUUAGCACCAUGUAUACUGUGACCGGGAAAUGGACUUUGGGCCAGAUCGUCUGCGAUGUAUGGCUAUCUUCGGAUAUUACUUGUUGCACAGCCUCCAUCCUCCAUUUGUGUGUCAUCGCCCUGGACAGAUACUGGGCGAUCACCGAUGCCGUUGAAUAUUCUACUAAAAGGACUCCCAAGAGGGCAGCUGGCAUGAUCGCUUUGGUCUGGGUCUUCUCUAUCUCCAUCUCCAUGCCGCCCUUGUUUUGGCGUCAAGCGAAAGCGGAAGAAGUUUCUCACUGUGUGGUGAACACAGACCACAUACUGUACACCGUGUACUCCACUGUGGGAGCCUUCUACUUCCCCACCUUGCUGCUGAUCGCCCUCUACGGAAGGAUCUAUGUGGAAGCCAGAUCUCGGAUUUUGAAACAGACGCCAACGAAAACAGGCAAAAGAUUAACAAGGGCUCACUUAAUUACCGACUCCCCCGGAUCAUCUUCAUCUGUCACCUCCAUAAACUCCAAGGCCCCAGAGGCUUCCAGUGAAACGGGAUCUCCUGUCUAUAUGAAUCAGGUCAAGGUGAAGAUCUCGGAUGCCCUUCUGGAGAAAAAAAAGCUCACGGCUGCUAGAGAGCGGAAAGCUACCAAGACUUUAGGGAUUAUUUUAGGAGCCUUCAUCGUCUGUUGGUUGCCCUUCUUCAUCAUCACCUUGGUGUUGCCUAUUUGCAAGGACGCUUGCUGGUUCCACAUGGCCAUCUUUGACUUUUUCAACUGGCUAGGAUAUCUCAACUCUUUAAUCAAUCCCAUAAUCUAUACAAUGUCCAAUGAAGACUUCAAACAAGCUUUUCAUAAAUUGUUGCGUUUUAGAUGCACAAGCUGAAUGUUGAAUGCAUUGUUCUCCAGGGCUGCUUCAAUACACUUUUGUGUCUGAUUCUACAGGUAGGUUGACUAUUCUUACAAUGGUAUCAUUUAUCUAAAAGGCUGCUCUAAUGGGAGAGCGAAGUUCAAUCACGCAAGCAGGGCUUAGCUUCCCUUCAGAGGGGCGAAUCUGUAAAAGUUUCUCCUCUAGCCUUGGUAAUGUCACUGAUGCUUCUGAUCCCGCUAAGUAGCAAUGCCCUAAAAACAAAUCACUGUUGUGUCUCCUGGAUUAUGCCCUCUAAAACCCGUAGAGCACUGUUAGGAGUUGGAGAGAUUUUGGACACCUCCUUUGGACAGAUCUACAGCCUGGCAGUACUUGAACUAGAAGUUUGUCGCCCAGCAUGCUCUAGGAGAACUUUGUGUAUCAGCUGUCUCUGCAAGCCCUUUGGCAAUGUAUCUCUACAGCUAUCUUGCUUUUUUGGUUCUUUAAUUUAAAACAUGACAAAAUGAGCUAUGUGGACUGUAUAAGGCUCCAAACUUUAGCUUGUACUCGGACAGAGCAGACACCUGGAAGAAUUGACAAUGAUGGGUUGAGGCUAACCACCUCUGACUUGCUUAUACUUGAAACUGGGGGGUGGGGAGGAAGGGGAUAUUGGGUAUGAGAAUAGCAACCCCGUUGUGUUUGUUUUCCCGCAGCUGUGUGACUUAUUUCUGUUUAGCUAUUGUCAAAUCACACUAAAUUGUACGUGCUCUUGUGCCAAAGCCUGCAAGCUGCUUUCAUUUUAUUGCCGCUACACGUUUCUGACAUUUUACAUAUUUAAACUCGCAGCCAACAAAGGCCCAUAAGGAGUGACUCACACCAAUUUGCUGUUAUUCCACAUAUUAAUACAAUAAUUUAGCCCAAUUAACGUUAAACAACUCUAUUUUUUUAAAGAUGCCUUUGCUCUCUAAUCCAAUUCUGCCAAUCUGUCUUGGUGAAAAAAAGCAGAAGUUAAUUCAGAACAGUAGACUGAUCAAAUAGAAGCUAAUCUGAUUACAAUGACACUGAGUCCUAUUAAGUGAGCCUUGGCAUAUCUUUUCUGUGCAGGACUUUUAAAAUGGGAAGCAUUUUCCCUUUGCUCUCAUUCACAAUAAGAUUCCUUCCACUUUUAAUCCCCUUUUCAUGUACCAUUAUGCACCUUCGGAGACCUGCUCCCUUUAAUAUUUGUAACGCAAUAUACUAAGAACCCUGAUGUAGCUCAGGUCUCUUGAUUACUCAGCUCUUUGCAAGAAUUACAUGAAAUACAUAGGGCAUCUGCUUUAGAACAAAUAGAAAUGGCAAAGGUAACCAGUUUCAGUGUUUCUGGUUUUUGCUCAAAGAAUUUUGGAGCCUUUGGGGCAAUAUUUAGAUAACUAAGUGCCAGAGUUUAUGUAAUAUUCAUUGGGACGAAUAAAUGUUGCUUCUAGAUCGAUAGUCCAUACUACACUGUGUAAGUGCCAGUACAGCCUUCUCAUUUGCACCUCUUAGGAGACUGAUAAGUCGUUACUUCUCUAGACAGAAAGAUCAGAAGAUUUCGCUGUGCAAUUGGAAAUCCAAUAUGAAUUUUUCCAUCUAUUUCAACUAGUUUUGGAUCUGGCCCUGUUUUAGGAGUGACCUUAACUUCAGCACACUAUGGGUCCCAUGAUGCCUUUGUACACCCACAGUUCUCUUCGGCUUCAAAGACAGUUUUGCCUGAAUAAGGGUUGCAGGAUCAGGAUCAUUUGAAAAUCAAGUUGCUAUUGUAAAGACACACUGCUUGAAUCCCUCCAACCCCAGUUGUCAGAUUCAUGAUGCUUCAAAAACAUCAAUACAUACUGCCACCAAAUUGUUCUGCCCUGCAUUUCAAUGUAAUGACUCUUGCAAAGAUUCUUUUCCAAAACACCUAUCGGUUACAAAAAGAGGGCAACAGCAAAUCAAGAUUUAGAACUCAUCUGAGUUGGAAACAAAAUUUGAGAGUAAAACAUCUAUUUAUUUUGCAGGCUUGCCUUUAACUUUUCUCUUGCAAGUUGUAGGGGUGUGCAUAAUAGUUGUUUGUGUUUGUAUUAGCAUAGUUGAACUUAUGUGCACCUCUAAUUUCUUUCUUUCAGUGGAAAGAGUUGUUAACUUUUCUUAAAAAGGGACUAGAGGAAAACUGCAGCAUUUCAAAAUAGGAACAAAAAUGACUCCUUGGGCAGACCAUGUGUGAGACACAGGAGUGUGCAAAAUGUUAUAUUUGUAUUUCAAAACAAUAGCAACUACAAAUACUGUAGUAAUAAGAGUCGUAAACAUAUUCAACUGCAUCACACAUAUGGCUGUGUCCUCAGGGGAUUUAUCCUUUAUCAAUUGCUAUCUCUUGUAUUAUAAUUUCCUUCAUAAAUUAAACACUUCUACGCAAACAUAAGGGAAAACAAAAGUUCUGUGUGCUUUACGUUUAACCAGCUGGGACUAAGUACUGUUUGAUGUUGUAACUAAAGUUUUGUAUUUUUGUGUCCAUUGCACACCCUUACUGCAUCAAACACUGGAGAAUGUAGACCAUUUUAAAUACUUAAUAGCUAUUAUUCUACUCUAUAGAGAGAUGAAGCAAUUUGCUUUGUCAAAAGAGCCACAGUACCUGCAAAAUAAAUAUCCAUAAUCCUGGAUAAACUGAUGUCAGACAUCAGUGAAAUAACUCUUAUUUCAUUAUCUUAUUUCAUUUUUUUCUUUAUUCAGCUAAGACCUUAAGACAACUCUACUUAAGUCCAGCAGUCAAAAUUAGAGUUUCAGACUGUGGCCACCUGCUGUGGUACAAGUGCAUUGAGUGUCCUCCUAUGUGUAACUGAAAAUGAAAUACAAACAAUA